AUGGCCUCCCUGCCCACCGACGCCGCCCUCCCCGGCGAGCACUUCGAGGUCCGCCAGUCCGCCCCCGACGACGACUACAAGCCCGACCCGUCCAAGUCCAUCAAGCUCUCCCCUGCCCGCCAGGCUCUCGUAGACGACAUCCUCGCCCUCUACUCGUGCCAGCCCACCCGCCGACGCGUCGAGCGCUACUCCCCCGACUGCGUCUACGACGACCAGUUCGUCUACGCCAACGACCGCUACAAGAUGGCCGGCCAGUGGUUCGCCCUCCCCAAGCUCUUCGCCAGCAGCACCAACGAGAGCUACCAGGUCGUCACCAACGAUCCUCUCCUCAUCCAGUUCAAGAACGAGCAGACCUGGACCUUCCCCAAGAACAUCAAGUCGACCACCAUCAACGCCAUCGUCUCCCUCUCUCUCGACCCGUCCACCGUCGACUCGGACUUUAUCCAGGUCAAGUACCACAAGGACCAGGCGAACGGCAAGGACUACUCGCACACCGGCCCCGGCUUCGCCUUCAAGAAAUGGCAGGCCGACAAGGUCUCGGGCAUGAUGGAGUCGGACGACGUCCAGUUCUUCAAGAAGGACGCCCGCGACGAAUACCGCGAGCCCGUCCGCAAGUACGACAGCGGUACUGCCGAGGCUCCAGAGAAGAAGCUGUGA